UACAACACCCACGAGCAUUUUCUUGCGUUUCCCUUUUCCGUAUUACUACUAGUUUUGUUAUUGCUUCUUGAAUUAAAUUAAAGCAACCGAAAAUUCAAGUCAGAGAGUAAGGAACAAGAGCCUCCCAACGCACGAUUUUCAUUUUUCCCUAUCUCUUCUGUGAUAAAUUUGACGUCUGUUCUUCAGGCAGAAAGGUCACGAUUAUUACAAGAAGAACUCAAUACAUGCCAGUGUCGUAGUCAUGUCUGGUCUAAUUGAAGGUCUCCCUGAUGCUGUUGCUCUAAGGUGUCUUGCACGGGUUCCUUUUUGCCUCCAUCCAAGGCUAGAACUUGUUUCUCGCUCGUGGCGAGCUGCCAUUCGUAGCACCGAACUAUUCAAAGCUCGAGAAGAAGUAAACUCAACCGAGGAGUUUUUGUGUGUCUGUGCAUUUGAGCCUGACAAUUUGUGGCAGCUUUACGAUCCUCUACGUGACCUUUGGAUUACUCUUCCGGUUCUCCCAUCAAACAUAAGGCAUCUCGCCCACUUCGGUGUUGUCUCCACUGCCGGAAAGUUGUUUGUGCUUGGUGGUGGCAGUGAUGCAGUGGAUCCGUUGACUGGUGAUCAGGAUGGAAGCUUUGCUAGUGAUGAAGUCUGGUCAUAUAAUCCUGUCACCCGGCACUGGGCCCUGUGUGCAUCCAUGAUUGUUCCGCGUGCAAUGUUUGCAUGUGGUGUGUUGGAUGGAAAAAUAGUUGUUGCAGGUGGUUUCACCAGCUGCAGGAAAUCAAUCUCUAAAGCAGAGAUUUAUGAUCCCGAAAAGGAUGUUUGGGCAUCAAUUCCUGAAUUGCACCAUACACAUAAUUCUGCUUGCUCAGGAGUGGUUAUUGGGGGCAAGGUUCAUGUAUUGCACAAGGGGUUGGCGACUGUGCAGGUUUUAGAAAGUGCAAAGCAAGGUUGGACAGUACAUGAAUACGGCUGGCUUCAAGGUCCCAUGACAGUUGUCAAGGGGAAGCUCUAUGUAAUGAGCCAUGGCCAUGGCCUCAUCUACAAGCAGGAAGGAGAAUCAAGAAAAAUAGUUGUUUCAGCAUCAGAGUUCCGCAGAAGAAUUGGGCUUGCAAUGAUUGGGGUGGCGGGAGAUAUUUAUGUGAUCGGAGGGGUAAUUGGUCCGGAGAGGUGGAAUUGGGACAUUAAGUUAAUGUCAGAUGUCGAUGUCCUGAGCCUCGGAGGUGACAGACCAGUGUGGCGUCAGGUUGCUCCUAUGACUAGGUGUCGGGGUACCAUCCUUGGCUGCACACAGCUGAGAAUUUAGGCUGCUCCCAGCAAAAUCAUGACUUUAUGAUGUUGUCCUAUUUAGAUGAGAUCCUGCUAUGUGGGGCUUUUGGAUAUUCUUUGCUUCAAAGAAGGGAAGUGUGCUCCUUUGGCAGUCACCCUCUUGUGAAUGUAUUUGACUCUGUAUUGCUUUGUGUUGAUGGUGCUCCCUGGUUGAAUAUUUAGAAGGUGUCAUUGUUAUGGUUUGCAACUGAUCAAAUGUCAGUCAAUUGUGAUGCUUACUUUUGGGAAUUACUGUGUUAGACCAGUAGUGAUAGCAAGAAGGAUAUGGAUAUGGUCGCCCUUUUCAUAUUUGUUUUUUCAUAGCUUCGGUACUUCUUUUGUUAUCUGUUGUUGGAACGAGAUGAAUUUUUGUUGCUCUGUAGCUGAUUCUUUCUUUUGCUUCCUCGAAAAUUUUUGUCCUUUGUUA